GACUUGCGAGGUGGCGUAGAAAUCGGCCAUAGUGGAGGUGGCGGCGGAGGCCGGAGCUCCGUAGUCGGCGGAGGGAAGGAGCGAGCAAGAGCCCGACCAUGGCGUACGGCGGCCUCGCGGUGCCCAUCACCGUCAUGAGCGUGUUCUGGGCAGUGGUCGGCGGCGUCGUGCCGUGGUUUGUGCCCAAGGGGCCUAACCGGGGUGUUAUUAACACAAUGUUGGUGACAUGUGCUGUCUGCUGCUAUCUCUUCUGGCUGAUUGCAAUCCUGGCUCAACUGAACCCUCUCUUCGGACCACAGUUAAAAAGUGAAGUAAUUACAUAUCUAAAGUACCACUGGCCUUAACUGAUGUGCUCAUCUACUGCAGUUUGUGGACUGGGAUAUGAAGAGAUUUUCUUUAUGUAAAGUCCCGUUGAUCCAGAUGCCUUCUAAUGUACUUUGAAUCCGACCACGUCUGCUCAAUGCCUUACUGUUUGUUCUAUUACAAGAAAUGUUUGCAUAAUCUUGUUGUUUUUUCACCCUUGAAAGUGCCUAAUAGAUAUCUAUAUUUCUACUCAGUACAAUGUUGUGCUUGAAUUUCAAGUAUUAUAAAUAAUAUUCCAUCCCUCUUCUCUGCGCUGACAGUGGCUAGAUGGAAUUGAGAAUUGCCUCUGAGCAUAUUUGCCUUAACAAUUUUUAUACUAGACUGUCUACUGAUCCAGUUUACAAGCACAGUCUGAAUGC